AUGUCUACAAACCUCUCAGCCAACGAGCUCUUCAACGUCAACGGCAUAGUAGCCGUCAUCACAGGAGGCGGAACUGGCAUUGGAUUGAUGAUGGCCAAAGCCCUAGCAGCCAACGGCGCCCACCGCAUCUACAUCGUAGGCCGCCGUCCAGACGUCCUCCACUCCGCCGCCAAGUGCAUCAACCCAGAAACCGUCAUCCCGCUACCCGGCGACGUCACGUCACGCGAAUCUCUUCUCUCAAUCGCAAAGCACGUCGAGACCGAAACAGGCUACAUCAACCUCCUCAUCUGCAACGCAGGCAUCAUGGGCCCUAAGCCGCUCAAAGCAGCACCAGGAUGCGCCGCGCCGUCAGUCGCAGAGUACGCAGCACACGCGCUCGAGACGCCCAUGGCCGACUUUACCAACACGUAUGCGGUGAACAACACGGCGGUAUAUUAUACGGCGCUGUCCUUCCUCACGCUCCUCGACGCGGGAAACAGCAGGAAAACCGCGCACGCUGAUGUCCGUUCUCAAAUUAUAACGACAUCGAGUAUUGGCGGUUUCUCGCGUUUACCGGGCGCAUCGUUCGCUUACAAUAGCAGUAAAGCGGCUGUUACACAUAUGACUAAGAUGCUGGCCACGGCGUUUGUGCCUUACGGUAUCCGUUGUAAUGUACUUGCACCGGGCAUUUUCCCGUCAGAGCUCGCGAUGGGUAUUAUAGGGUCGUUGGAGAAGGGACCUAAUGGGGAGGUGGAUAGGGGCGUUGUACCGGAGGGGAGGACGGGCAAGGAGGAGGAUAUUGCGGGCGCGGUGUUGUGGAUGGCGGGAAGGGCUGGGGGGUAUUUGAAUGGGAGUGUGGUUGUGGUUGAUGGGGGGAGGUUGGGUAUGUUGGCUUCUACGUAUUGA